AUGGAUGAUUAUGACCAACAGGAACCCAUAUUGGAGAGUGAUAAUGAGGCCCUGGAGCACAUGGGGCGGGUGGACGAAGGAGUUGAGGAGUUCUUCACUAAGAGAGUCCUCCCUGCUGAUACCCUGAAAAAGCAAGAUGAGGCGUCGUCACCUGGCGGUGCGCGGGAGGAGGCUCCGGCCGGCUCCGCACCGUGUCCUCCCCAAACUAGAACCCUCCGGAGAAAGCUUGGCGACUUUUUCACACUCAGAAAGAGGAGAGGUUUGAAAUCAGAGCCGGGCCACGAGGGGCGGCCCAAGAAGGCCUCCAUCGCCGACCUCAUCCGACCUCUCCGGGAGGCGGCGAGGGCCGAGAAAGACAAAGAGAAGGAGAAAAUGAAGGAGCACGAAAGAGAAAAUGAGAAGGAGAAGGAAAGAGAGGAACACGGUGCCGGGACGGCAGAGCCGGCCGUGCAGGGAACACCAAGUUCCGGUCCUCCGGCGCUGAGGGCCGAUACUGGGCCGCCCCGUCGAGCGCUCAGGGACGGGAAGUCCCAGUCCCUCAUUCUGCUGUCUGGCUCAGCAACAGCCGGGACGGCUAACAACAGGAACUCUGCGAAGAAAAACUUGGACGGCCAAAAUAGUUUUGAACAGAAACUGCAUCUCAUGUUUCAGCGUAUCGGUGUGUCCAAAGCACAGCCGAGAGAAGCCCAGAACCCGGAGGGCGAGAUGAAAAAAGCAGAAUCCGAGGGUACUAUCAUCGAGAGCAAAGCUGAACCGCCGCCUACUUCCACAAAACCCCGAACAAUGUCCACUUCAUCAGAUACGCGGCAUCAAAUCCGACCGAGUGCAUCAGCGCACGAGUCCGCUGGUAAACCUGCUUUGCCUCCAAAGCCGGUCAUCAAGCCGGGUCCAGCCCCGACCGCAUCGGGUCGCAAUACACCUGAGAACGAGUUAGCCCAGAUACAGGAAGGAGAGACAUGUACCCCUCCCCAAACUGUGACAUCAUCUGCCCCAACCGGACCUGGAACCACCGUCUCCUCUUCGGUCCCGGACUCAACCAGUUUUGCAAUCUCCCCUCCAAGUGCUGGAACUCGCUCUGACACAGAUACGUGCACUGCCUCCGCCCACCCGGCCGCCGUCACUCCAACAGACACCGGUGUCACGACCCCAAUCUCUACGAGCACCAAGGAUCUUGACCCUACAACCAGCGUGACCACCACCGUCCUGCCCACCACCACCUCCCUGACUGCUCCAGUAAUUACCACCGCUCUCACAAACACCCCCACAUCCAUCACCAUCACUUCCACCUCCUCUGAUUCUGCAACCACUCACCCCUCCAUCACUUCAAGCGCAACUACAACCACAACCACAACAACAACAACAAUGACUACAACAACAACAACAACAACAACAACCCCUCCUAACACCACCUCUAAAGAUGUUUCCAUACACGACGAUGAAGGCUCAGCUUCCACAACAACACCAGACCUGUCCACCAAAUCAUCUCCGAUGAUAGCAAAUGGUGCUGUCCCAUCUGACGCGAUGCUGUCUGAUGCUACUACACCCGUCUGUGCUGUGGACACGACUCCUUCGGUCACCAACGCCGCACAGGCAACGUCUUCAGUCUCCACAAGUGUUCUGAAUUCCCCACUGUGCUGCUCCGUCACAACCAGUCCAGUCUCCACCUCAGCUAACCUUGACUCCACCUCACCUCCUGGCAUCUCCAGCAGCUCCCCAUCUCCAGCCUUGCCGAUCAGUAAAUCUGCAUCCGCUACAACCACGGACAAUGCCAUCCUCACCUCAUCAGCUGUGUGUGACACCAGCAAGAUCCUCUCUUCCUCCACCACUGCACUCCCUCCUUCUGACUCCACCUCUCCCGAAGACACCAGCGUGACCAACCACACAUCCGCUGACCCCAUCACCCCUUCCCCGAGUUCCCCUCCAGCCCAACCGCUAACCUCCAUCCAUCCAUGUACAUCUAAUAUGACCAUGCCGGCCCCCACAGCACCACCAGUUCACACACCUGCUGAACCUGCGGUAACUAUCUCUUCUUUCUCUGCAAACGGAGACCCGACUAACUCCGGAAAAAUCCUCGCCCUCGACGCGGUCGCCAAACCGAGAGCGGCAUCUCCUCCCGGUUCUCGCAGCCCGCCGUCCCCUGACUGCGAAAGUCUGUCUCAACAUGACAAAAUACCAACCUCACCUGAGGGGAAACCCGGUUUUGAGGCUACAGUAAAUGGCACAGCAAACGAAGAGGAUGAGAAAGUUCCCAAGGCCAAGCCGAAAAAAGAGGACAGGAGGGAGGAGGAGGAGGAGGAGGAGGAACCGAAACGGUCAAUGAAAUAAAACCAGAAAUGGGGCCAACGACGAUACCUUGAGAUAUAACGGGAGUUGGAGAGAGGAAGUGAACUGUAUGCAAUGGUGGGCAGGAUAGAGAGGGCGAAAACCAAGAGGGGGUAAAUUCGGUGGCUCAGAAACGACACAAACGUAAAAAAAAGGGGAAAAUAUUGAAGUAUCUAAUAGUGGGACCAACUACUGUGACCGGCUGGGGAUUCACUACAGGGCCCACCACCACAUCACAGCAGCACAUCACAAACGGUGGGGCCGUGGGACCAAAGAACUGAGACGCCCUUGGUGUGACGAGAUUUGAAAAAGAAAACAAAAUAAUCCAGCAGUGUCUUUGUCAUUUCUAAAAUUACGUUCCAACUUUACACUGCAUGUACGAUGAUGUAAUGUAAGACAGUUACUGUGGUGCAAUAUGUUUACAAUAGAUGGAUAAGAGACACACUUGUCGACUAUUAAAUGGAAUAUU